CUCCCGACUAUGACAAGAGCCAGUGGAUCAACGAGAAGGAGAAGCUGGGGCUGGACUUCCCCAAUCUCCCUUACUUCAUCGAUGGCACCACCAAGCUGACGCAGAGCAAUGCUAUCAUGCGCUACAUCGCUCGCAAGCACAAGAUGUGCGGUGAGACGGAGGAGGAGAUCCUCCGCGUGGACAUGCUGGAGAACCAGAUCAUGGAUUUCCGCAUGAGCCUGGUGAUGGUCUGCUACAACCCCGACUUCGAGAAGCUCAAGCCGGGCUACCUGGAGCAGCUCCCGGGGAAGCUGAAGCUCUUCUCCAACUUCUUGGGGGACAGAAAGUGGUUUGCGGGGGAGAAGCUCACCUUCGUGGACUUCCUCAUGUUCGACGUGCUGGAGCAGAACCGCAUCUUCGAGCCCAAGUGCCUGGAGCCCUUCAAGAACCUCAAGGACUUCAUGGACCGCUUUGGG